AUGAAGAAGUUCUCUCGCAUGCCCAAGGCCGAGGGGAGCGGCGGCGGCGGGACGACGUGCGCUGGCUCCGGCGGCGCGGGCGGAGCGGCAGCCGCGGGCCGGGUGUUCGUGGUGGGACGGUACCAGGUCACCCUGGAGGAUCUGCUGGCGGAAGGUGGCUUUUCCACUGUGUUCCUGGUGCGUACCCAUGGUGGAGUACGCUGCGCAUUGAAACGAAUGUAUGUUAAUAAUGUGCCUGACCUCAACAUUUGCAAAAGAGAAAUAACAAUUAUGAAAGAACUCUCUGGGCACAAGAAUAUUGUAGGCUAUUUGGAUUGUGCUGUUAAUUCUGUUAGUGACAAUGUGUGGGAGGUGCUCAUCUUAAUGGAAUUUUGUCGAGCGGGGCAAGUCGUGAAUCAGAUGAAUCAGAGACUUCAGACAGGCUUUACUGAGCCAGAAGUACUGAGGAUAUUUUGUGACACCUGUGAAGCUGUUGCCAGGUUGCAUCACUGCAAAACCCCGAUAGUUCACCGGGACCUGAAGGUAGAGAAUAUUUUGUUGAAUGACAAUGGAAACUAUGUCCUUUGUGACUUUGGCAGUGCCACUAACAAAUUCCUUAAUCCUCAGAAAGAUGGUGUUAAUGUAGUUGAAGAAGAAAUUAAAAAGUAUACAACACUGUCAUACAGAGCUCCUGAAAUGAUCAAUCUUUAUGGCGGAAAGCCAGUUACUACCAAGGCAGAUAUCUGGGCACUUGGCUGCUUGCUGUAUAAACUUUGUUUCUUCACACUUCCCUUUGGGGAGAGUCAGGUUGCUAUUUGUGACGGAAAUUUUACCAUUCCAGACAAUUCCCGAUAUACCCAUAAUAUACAUUGUUUGAUAAGGUACAUGCUUGAACCAGAUCAAGAACGGAGACCCGAUAUCUUUCAAGUAUCUUAUUUUGCCUUUAAACUUGCCAAAAAGGAAUGUCCAUUGUCCAAUAUUAAUAAUUCUCCUGUCCCUUCAACUCUUCCUGAACCCAUGACGGCUAGCGAGGCGGCUGCUAGAAAAAGCCAAAUAAAAGCCAGAAUAACGGAUGCUGUUGGACCAACAGAAACCUCAAUUGCACCACGACAAAGACCAAAGGCCAAUUCAAGCACUGCCACUUCUAAUGUGCUAACUAUCCAGAGUUCAGCAACACCAGUAAAAGUAUCGGUUCCUGGUGAAUUCGGUAACUGUGUGCAAAAAGGAACCAUAAGACCAGGAAAUGGACAAGAGAUCUUGUCUCAAGGGACCAAUCAGCACCCUCCACAACAAAAUAGAGUACUGCAGCAACUGCAGCAGGGGGACUGGAGAUUGCAGCAACUGCACCACUUACAUCAGCAGCACCAGCAACAAUUACUUCAGGAUGCUUACAUGCAACAGUAUCAACAAGCAAUGCACCAGCAAAUGGUCCAACAACAACUUAUGAUGCAAUCUAUGUACCAACAGCAACCGUCCCCAUCCCAGUAUCCUGCCAUGGUGCAACAAUACCAGCAAGCUCUCUUACAUCAGCGGAUCCUUGCACAGCAACAUCAACAGCAACCUCAACAUCCACAGUCUCCUGAGUAUCUUACCUCUCCUCAAGAGUUCUCACCAGCCUUAAUUUCCUACUCUGCAUCACUUCCUGCUCAUGUUGGAGCAGUGAUGGAUUCUCCUUAUACGGCCAAUAGGCAAGUACACAUAUUCUCAGUCGUUCCUGAUGCAGAGGCCGUUUCCAGUUACCCAAAGCAGAACAUCAGUAACCCACCUGAUAUGUCAGGCUGGAACCCAUUUGGAGAGGACAAUUUCUCCAAGCUAACAGAGGAGGAGCUACUGGACAGAGAAUUUGACCUUCUGAGAUCAAACAGGCUCGUGGAGAGGAGAGCAUCCUCAGAUAAGAAUGUGGAGCCACAUUCUGCUCCACAGAACCAUCCUUCUGAAGAUCCCUUUGGUUCUGUACCUUUCAUUUCUCACCCAGGUUCUCCAGGAAAGGCACUUGACAACUCAGCCAGCAGCCAAGAAAAUAAUUUAGGGAGCCCAAACAAGGCUGAAAAAUCAAGUCAAGCCUCUCGAGAGCACCAUCCAGGAAGAAAAACUGCAGGGGGACAAGUGCAGAAAGGAAGUGAUGAGUCAGAGAGUGACUUUGAAUCUGAUCCUCCUUCUCCCAAGAGCAGUGAGGAAGAUGAAGAGCAGGAGGAUGAAGAUGUCUUACAGGGGGAGCAUGGAGACUUUAAUGAUGACAAUGAUACAGAACCUGAGAACUUUGGCCAUCGGCCUCUCCUUAUGGACUCUGAAGAUGAGGUGGAGGAAGAGGAGGAAGAAAAGCAGAGUUCUGAUUCCGAUUCCGAUCGCACCAAGGGAAAGCCCAUGGAAGGGAUCCCUUGUGGUAGAUACAGAGAGGUGGGUGGCAGUCAUGAAGACAGAGAACCCAAUGUAGCACUCUCUUCCUUGUCUGAGUUACCAAGUACUGUGGCCAAGGUGAGCCCUGGCCAAGAAUUUGAUGUGUUUGGAGCUGUCCCCUUCUUCGCUCUUCAGACUCAGCAACCUCAGCCAAGAGAAAAGAGUGACACGGAUUUCUCUCCUCAGCCUGCUUUUUUUGGCCUGAGGCAAGAGCAGGAUGACUUUGAUGUCUUCACCAAAGCCCCAUUCAACAAGAAGGUGGCCCAGCCAGAUGGCCCGGUUGUAGGAGCUGAGACCCAAACCUCCCCUACUUCUCCCCGAAGUGUGGAUAUUUUUGGCUGCACCCCUUUCCAGCCUCUUCCCACCCCAAAGAGCAGUGAAAGCAGAGAGGACCUCUUUGGGCUUGUCCCCUUUGAGGAGAUUACAGGGAGCCAGCAGCAACAGAAGGUGAAGCAGCAGCGGAACCUGCAGAAACUCUCCUCCCGGCAAAGACGCAUGAAACAGGAGGUGCCCAAAAGCAAUGGGAAGCGCCACCAUGGCACCCCGACCAGCACCAAGAAGGCUUUGAAACCCAGCUACCGCACCCCAGAGAGAGCCCGCAGGCACAAAAAAACUGGCCGCAGGGACUCCCAAAGCAGCAACGAAUUCCUAACUAUCUCAGACUCCAAGGAAAACAUAAGCGUUGCAUUGACUGACAGCAAAGAUCGAGGCAACCCUUUGCAAGCGGAUGAGAAUCUGCUGGACCCCUUUGGAGCCAAACCUUUCCACCCACCAGACUUGAUGCGGAACCCACAACAUCAAGGACUGGGGGACAACCGGGGGGACCAUAAUAUAGUAGUGCCUGGUAGACCUAGACAGAGCUCCCUGCACGGGGCUGUUCACAGUGGUGAUGGGCUAAAAACAGAUGACUUUGGUGCGGUGCCCUUCACAGAACUGGUUGUGCAGAGUGUAACACCGCAGCAGGCUCAGCAGCAACCGGCAUUAGAGUUAGAUCCAUUUGGGGCAGCUCCAUUUCCUUCCAAACAGUAA